ACAGAGAAGCCCAUGCAGAGUUUGGUCUAGGCAGCGCCUAACAGACAGUGAAGUUUCAUCUGUCUGCAAUCAGGAUGGCAACAAAAGGACAUCUUUCUACCCCAGUGUUGUGGCUGCUUUUCCUCUCCAUUCAGGUCUCCCUGGGUGCUGACGAAUUGAGGCUGGCAAAUGGAACUAGACCCUGCUCUGGGAGAGUGGAAGUAAAACAUCAGGAGCAGUGGGGAACUGUGUGCGAUGGUGACUGGACCAUGAAAGAUGCUGAGGUUGUUUGUAAGCAGCUACGAUGCGGAUUUGCUCUUCAGGCUCUUAAUCGAGCUCCGUUUGGAGAAGGAUCUGGACCAACGUGGUUGUAUCGACUUGAUUGCCGUGGUGAUGAAUCCGCUCUCUGGAAUUGCUCACAUGCAGGAUGGGGUGCUUUUACCUGCCCUCAUUACUUUGAUAUUGGAGUGGUCUGCUCAGGUUUCUCUAGGCUGCAUCUGACUGGAGGGGACACUGCCUGCUCAGGACAUCUGAAAGUACAGCAGGAAGAAACCUGGGCUACGGUCUGUUUUUCACACAUUGACUUCAAAACUGCCUCUGUUAUAUGUAAAGAGUUAGAAUGUGGCCAGCCUGUGGAUAUCUUGAGAGGAACUCACUUUGGAGACAGACGUGAACUGAUCUGGCAAGAAGAGUUUCACUGUGUAGGGAAUGAGACUUGCCUUGCACAGUGUCCCAGGAUGCUGCACCAUAAUAAGACAUGCUCUUAUGAUGCCACUGUUGUAUGUUCAGGCUAUGGUGGGUACAGGCUGGCAAAUGGCAGCACCAGAUGUUCAGGGAGAGUAGAGCUUGUUCAUGGAGGCACGUGGGGAACCCUGUGUGACUACCUGUGGGAUUUCCCAGCUGCUGACGCCCUCUGCCAGCAGCUGGACUGUGGAAUUGCCCUAAUGAUACCAGAUGGACAGUCCUUCGGGAAAGGAAAUGGAUCUGUCUGGAAUGGCACAUUCAGCUGCAAGAAGAAUGGCUCACACCUGAGGGACUGCCUUGUGAGUGUGCUAGGUCAUGAUGAAUGCCCUGCUGGAAAAGAUGCUCGUGUGGUAUGUUCAGGGUGCCCAGGUGUCAGGUUGGUGAACGGCACCACAUGCUCUGGCAGAGUGGAGGUCCGCCAUAGAGACAUGUGGGGAAGACUCUGCCGCUCUCACUGGAAUUUGCAAGCUGCCAGCGUUCUCUGUCAUCAGCUGAACUGUGGCUAUGCAAAGUCAAUCCAGACAGGAGACCAUUUCGUGGAUGGGGAUGGGCCCAUAUGGAGAGAUGCUUUUCACUGUGAAGGGACAGAGUCCUGCCUAUGGGAUUGUGCUCAAGUGACUUUGGGCAAUCCAGCCUGUUCAGCCAGAGAAGCAGCCACUGUUAUUUGCUCAGGUCUUGCUGAACCACUCAGACUCUCAGGUGGUGAGAGCCGCUGUGAUGGGCGAGUUGAGAUCUCACUCCAUGGCAUGUGGAGGAGAGUCCUGGAUGAUGACUGGAACAUUAAGGAUGCUCAUGUGGUGUGCAGACAGCUCCAGUGUGGAACUGCCGAGAAAGCCUAUUACCUUCCAAGGUCUGAGCGAGGCAUGGGUCCUGUUGGCUUAAGAAGUGUCCAGUGUGCUGGACAUGAGACUCAGCUGAUGCUCUGUAACACCUCCUAUUCUCAGACAGUGCCAACAGGAGUUGCUGAAGACAUUGGUGUGUUUUGCUCAGGUAGCAGACAGAUCAGGCUGGUGAAUGGAACAAACCGCUGUGCUGGGAGAGUAGAGCUUUAUCAUGAUGGCAUCUGGGGCACCGUCUGUGAUGAUAACUGGGAUCUAUCAGAUGCUAAUGUUGUUUGCAAACAGCUGGGAUGUGGACAUGCCAUCAAGGAAUUUGUCUCUGCUCAUUAUGGCGAAGGCUCAGGACAUAUCUGGCUGGACGAUGUGAACUGCACUGGGGCUGAAUCUGAUCUCUGGGCAUGUCCCUCUAGGGCAUGGGGCCAGCACAACUGCCAACACAAAGAGGAUGCAGGAGUCCUGUGCUCAGAGUUCCUGUCUCUGAGGCUGGUGAAUGGCAAUGGCUGUGCUGGGCGGCUAGAAGUUUUCUACAAUGGGACAUGGGGGAGCAUUUGCUCCAAUCGUAUGUCUCAACUCACUGCAAUAACUGUAUGCAAACACCUGAACUGCGGAGACAAUGGGGAAAUUGCAGGAGACUUCAAAUAUGGCAGAGGUUCUGGGCCCAUGUGGCUGGACCACGUUGAGUGUACUGAGCAACAUAGCUCCCUCUGGCAAUGUCAGUCAGACCCCUGGAAUCCUCAGUCGUGUGAUAACCGAGCAGAAGAGACCCAUAUUUCUUGCACUGGAAGAAAACAGGCAACGUCUCCAGCCACAUUUGCUGAGUGUCCAAACUCUACGAGUUGUUCAGACAGGGACAAGUUACGAGUCAUAGGAGGAGAGGACAGAUGCUCAGGCAGAGUGGAGAUUUGGCACCAAGGUUCUUGGGGAACAGUCUGUGAUGAUUCCUGGGACGUGGCAGAUGCUAAUGUUGUAUGCAGGCAGCUGGGUUGUGGAUCUGCUGUGUCUGCUCUGACUGAAGCUGCCUUUGGGGAAGGGACUGGUCCCAUCUGGUUGGAGAAGGUGCACUGUAAAGGAACAGAGCUGUCUCUUUGGGAAUGUCCUGCCAAGCCCUUGUUCGGCAAAAACUGUGAUCAUAAGGAAGAUGCUGCUGUGAAUUGCUCUGGUAUGACAGAAACAACAGCAUCACCUACUAGAGCAGAUCUUCCCCGCCGCCCUGCCACAGAGAGUAUGAGAAUUUCAACGCCUGUCAUCUUCUGCAUUAUCCUGGGGGUCCUUCUCUGCCUGGUCCUUGCCAUUCUUGCCAGACAGAGCCGAAGUGCCAGGGCACAGCAGAGAGGCUCCAGACUGUCCUAUGACCCCUUCUCUGAGGCUGUCUAUGAAGAGAUCGACUAUAACGUGAUGAGAGAAAAGCAGGGCAUGACUGGCCUCUCAGAUUCUUAUUCAGAGAGUUCAAAACCAAAGGCACAGUUUUACACUGGGGACAGUGAUGAAGAAAAUGAUCCUGGAGCAACUCAAGAGGUCUCUCCACUGCCUGGAAAUGCCCUGGAAGAUGGUUAUGAUGAUGUGACAGAAGCUCCUGGACCUAAAGAUGCUUCUCUUUCUGGGCAGAAUGAACAGGAAAUCAUUGGGAUCCCUCAAGAACAUGACAGAAACAAGGAUGCACGGACAGACUGGAGUCCUAAUGUGUCAGGAAGCAGGACCUCCGAGGCUGCAAGGCAUUCAUCCCCUGCUCUUGAAGAUACGGGCUAUGAUGACAUUGAAGAGCUAGGACAAUGAUAGAGGCUGCUGAGCUGUACUGACCACUUUUGGAAAUACAACUCUGUUCAUAAAAUGCUAAUCGGGUACUAGUAGAACCAGAACAACCUGCAUUUAGGAUUAGUUUACCUAAGUUUGGCUUAUUUGCAGAGAAGUGAUUACAUACUUAGAAGAUAUACAAGCAUGACUGUUAAGAAAAUCUUUCUAAUUUCCCAUAUAAUUUCUUGUUGCCAAGACUGCCUGGACACUUUUUGUGUUUUAUUUCUAAAUAUUUUCAUUGUAUUUUUUUUUUCUACUGAGAUAAUAUAUCAUGACAUUUUCUUAUUAGAAACUGUUUAAAGAUCUCCUCUCAAAUUUAUGCUUCUCUUCGCAGAUGCACAGGACAGCUUUCUGGAGAUUGUUAGGAAUGGAGACUGAACUGCAAGAAAAUCAUCAAAGUUCUGUUUCAUCUUUUGGAUAUUCUUGCUUGUCACACAGAAUGUGAGGACUAGAAUUAAUUUUCUAGAUAGUGCUUUGUGAGAUGAGAAACUCAGCAAGAAGUUAUUCUUGUCCUCACUUUAGAUGCAGCUCUGCCGUUUGAAUUAUGUACAAGAGAAUCACACAUUCGAUUGGAGGGAAAAGCUUCUCUUCUCUUUCCUCCCUCCAUAGCAUGGUGACUUAUUGUCUCCCAAAGUCAUACCAAUUACAUAGUAAGAGAAAGUUUAAUUUCUUUCCAUAAAUGGCAAGUGAUGGUCAUACCUAUACAUGUCUGUCAUGUCAUUUCUUUCAGUCGUAUCAAGGCAGAUUGAAAAAGUCCACAUGUUGAUGGAAUAGAAGUUGAAGUAUUGUUGUCUUGGCUCGUAAUGAAAUUUCUUUCAGGUCUUGAAACAAAAAGCCUCCCUUGCAUUCUGUCAUCUCUCUCGGACUCCACUUAUCCCUCAAAACCUGAGCCCUACCCUUCCAGUAGGCACUCCCUCUCCACCCAAGAAAGCUGCUAAUUUAUUCAAGAAUGUGAAGGAAAUUUUUUAUAAACCUUAUUCAGAUCAACUAAGUAUCUCAAAAGAAAAAGGUCUGAAACUUCAACAUGGGUAUGAUUUUUGGGAUCAGAGGUUAAAUGUAGUGGAAACGCAGGCUGUUGAGAAUUUGCCUAGAGCAUGCCAGCGUAAUGAUGUGUCUAGAAGAAAUACCUGUGAGAGUCACCAUAAACUAGAUGAGACUUAUUUGUACGUAAAAACAACAGUUGUUCUAGCCAUCACGAUACAUCAAGAAAUGUGAGUUUGUCCCAGACAGCUGAGAAGACACACAGAAAAGCAAAUCCUUGCCCAAACAAUCUCACUAUCCUCAUUAGCCCAGCAUCAGGACACCUUACAACCCUGUGCCAAGGACUGAGGCAGAAGAGACUGCACUGAGAUGAACUGAAUACUUCUUUGUAUUCAGUGAGUAUCCUGGCAAAUCUAUGCUUCCCUGGCUGUCUCCCUCUCCACACUGAAUGAAGCUUCCUGUGCAAUAUCGUGAGAGCACAGGAGUACUCUGUACUGCUAUGAUUCUGUGAUGCGUAGGAUGUUUCUAUCUGUGUAACUUUAUCCUUUCCAAGCCAGACGGGAAGUAGUGAGGAAGAAAUUCAAAAGGAAAGACAAGUCUGGCAAAGACAAGACACUUUGUUAAAAGAAAUCCUAAGGAAAAGGAACCACCUUAACAUUUAGCUCCAGGCAAGAGUGGUUUACUUCUUCCCUGGUUAAACCUAGGAUCACAGGGGGACAUAAAGCCAUCGCAGCAGCCAAGUCUUUGAGAAAGGAAUUCUUACUGAUUGCUUCUCCUGCAGCAGCAGCAAGACCUAACAGGCAUGCUACAGGCAUGCUGUGAUACACAGAAGGAGAGAAACACAUACAUCCAUGUAAUUUAACUGCAUCACGCCAUCUGCUUUUCCUGGCUCACUAAUAGAAAAACUAGAGUGGAAAUAGAGAGUGUUUGCCAGGAAUAGGAAAAGGCAGCAGAAACUGACGGGGGCAACCAAUUCUGUGCCAGAAACAGGUGUAGCAGACUACUUAUCCCUGUCAGAAUUACCGAUACAGAACAGGACAUCCCCUCCCUGGGUGCACUGGGCUGGGCUCCAGCGACCGGGAAGGAGGAAUCCCCUGGGCAUCAGAGAUGGCAACAACUGAUGUCAUUGGGAUGAUCCAGUUCAGCUGAGUACUCCCCAGGUGACCAUAUAUAAGGGCAUAUAAUCCUCAUUGUGGCAAGUGGACUGAUCUUGGAAAUAUGCCCACAGUGUUCAAAUUUGUAACCAAAAGCCUAUAGCAUUAUGGAUGCACCUGAAUGGGACCUGUCCAAUGAAAUUUUUAGGAUAACUGAAGUAAUUGGUUUGAAAGCAUAUUAACAGAACACAAGAAUAAUAAGAGAUGUAAAGUGGCUUAACUGUGUGUCCUGGUUUUGGCUGGGAUAGAGUUAAUUUUCUUUCUAGUAGCUGGUAUAGUGUUAUGUUUUGGAUUUAAUAUGAGAAGAAUGUGAUAACACACUGAUGUUUUCAGUUGUUGCUAAGCAGUGUUUAUACUAAGUCAAGGAUUUUUCAGCUUCUCAUGCCCAGCCAGCAAGAAGGCUGGGGGGGGCACAAGAAGUUGGGAGGGGACACAGCCAGGGCAGCUGACCCAAACUGGCCAAAGGGGUAUUCCAUACCAUGCGACGUCAUGCCCAGUAUAUAAACUGGGGGGAGUUGGCCUGGGGGGGAUCACUGCUCAGGAACUGACUGGGCAUCGAUCGGGCGAGUGGUGAGCAAUUGCAUUGUGCAUCACUUGUUUUGUAUCUUCCAGUCCUUUUAUUAUUAUUAUUAUCAUUAUUAUUUUCUUCCUUUCUGUCCUAUUAAACUGUUCUUAUCUCAGCCCACAAGUUUUACCUUCUUCCUUCCGAUUCUCUCCCCCAUCCCACAGUGUCGUGGUUUAACUCCAGCCAGCAACUAAGCACCAUGCAGCCGCUUGCUCCCCCCCCCCC